AUACCACUGUUGGUGAGGAUGGCUUUGAUGGUUUAGAGGUGGACAGCAGAAUCGUUGGCCUCAUCUAUACAGCGCGGAUGAACACAAAAAAAUUGCACUCAGGAUUGAGAUGUCAAAGCUCAAAGAGCCCAGCCUCAUCUUCAGAUGUGCGCACCCAGGAGAGUACUGAAGUGAGGCCAGACAUGGGUAAGGUUUUGGAUGAAGCGCUCAUGAAGGCAACAGACAACCUAAAUCAACUUGAUUCACUUUACCAGACUCUAGUAAAAGGUAUUCAGGCUCAGCUGAGGAAAGAGAGAUCUCGAAUUGUCAAAGAAAUUGAUGAUGCUGUAGAAAAAGCAAAGACCAUUCUGUUCAAAAGACGGACUGCAUUGGUGUCAAAAUUGAGUGCCUUGGAUCUUCUGUUCUCUGCUGGCCGGAAGGAGUGUAAGAGAAUUGAAGAGAGACUAAAAGAGCUACGGACUGCCAUUCAGAAAGCUCGACAUGUCCGUCAGGUUCCUUCUCUUGGGACCUACUGCAACCUAGAUGAGAUUUUGGAGACUCUGAAUAUUCCAGUAGAUAUUGAGUCAUAUGACAUGAGCUCUCUGUCUUUGCGUUCUGGACUCAGCUGCUAUCUUCAAGUGGACAGUCUGACUGAAUGCCUUAGCAACUAUCUUAAAAUCACCAGUCACGAUGAUGAUGAUGUUAUCUUGGAAGAAGUUACAGUAGAGCCUUUCCAAUGCCAAGUGAAGAGUGGGGAGUCUGGGAAAGGAGAGGAGUUUUUGGAUAAAAAGAAAAGAAAACAAAAAAAAUGUCUAGAAAAACAAGCACGCAGCCCUAAAUUCAUGGAGGAAAUCAUAGAUGGAGACGGUUAUGCAGAGAUGGUGGAAACAGAACACAAUCCACUGCUUCCUCAAUCCAGGCCCAAAGAAAGACAUCAGGGACCUAAAAGACUUUGCAGACCACAGUUGGAAAGGCAAUCACCUAAACUGGUGCACUACGUUAUUGUGAGCCACAUUGAGAACCCUGGACAUUUCUACGUACGGUAUAUGAUGGAACAUAAAUCUGCAUUCAAACUCACCAAAAAGAUCAAUACAGUCUGCUCGGGGGAGAGUAGCCUCUUCACAUUCAGUGAUGAAAUCAAGAUGGACUCUCUGCUCUUUUUCUUGGAGAAGACAGAUGUGUGGUGUAGAGUAAGAGUGACUGAGCUCUUUCAGAAGGAGACUUUCAAGAGUGUUCCCAAAUGCCCUGCUUCAGAAGUCUUUCGUCUGUGUGUUUUCUUUCUGGACCAUGGCUUCUCUAAAACCAUUACAAUCCCAAGUGAUGAAGGUUUAAGUGGGUUGAACGAGUGUCUGCGGAAACCUGAUGCAGCUGUUCUCUGUGAAAUUAAUGGCUGGGCUCCUAUGGCCAUCAAAUGUUCCCUUAAAGAUAUCGUUCCUUCUGACCUGGUGAGAGGGUGGAGCACAGAGGCAUGCGAUGAGAUGAGGAAUCUGCUGGGCUCCAAGGCUGUCGAGAUGCAGGUGUUCGGGGACGAUGGUGGCACGCUGUUAGUGGAUCUGAAAAAGAUACCAAUGGUGUCUAUUCGAGAACACCUAGUUUUCAUGGAAAUGGCCAGGUUCUACUGUCCAGUGGUAGCCCCUGGAUCCAGUAAGCCCUUGCUUUUUUAUCCUCCAGUUCACCCCAAACUCGAUGAUGAGUUCAAUGCUGUGGUCUCUCAUGUAAACACACCAUAUGACUUCUAUAUACAACUAGUUGAAAAUAUGGAGUACUUGCUGUUGCACUCGAAGCUUCAGGACUGUUAUGGUCCUCUUACAUCAGACAGUGAGCUGCAGAUCUACUGCCCAUCAAUUUCACAGGCUUGUGUUGCUCGCUUUGACCAAGAGUGGUUCAGGGCCUUGAUAACAGGUUUCCCUGGUGGUCGAAUGGUUGAGGUUCGGUAUGUGGACUUCGGUUAUAAAAAGAUUGUCUCUGUGAAAGAUCUGAGACAGAUAAAGGACGAGUUCUUCAUUUUGCCAGAAAUGGCGGUGUGGUGCAGGCUGAGUGACGUAGUAAGUUUGGAGGAGGUGUGGAGCGAUAAAGCAUGUGAAGUGUUAAAGGAGCUUGUAGAGAAUAAACUUGUCACUGUUGUGGCAAAAAAGCUUGUGCCUAACACUAGACCUGUGCCGGUGUGUCUGUUUGAGGUUGGUGAGGAUUGUACCGGUGCCAGUAUUGGAGAGAUGCUGAUCUGCAGGGGUCUUGCGGUUUCCAGUAAACGGGUUCAGGAUAAAGACCAUCAGUCCCCAGAGACGGUGUUUCAAGAGGAACUGUCUGUUAAGCUGAUUCCCCCUUCAACUGAUUCUGAAGAGCUAAAGCCUACCCUGAUUCUUCCUGAUUGUCUCAAAGACCUCAAAGUUCGUGUGACACACGUCACCUCUCCUGGAAACAUCUGUGUGCAGCUGCUGCAGUUUGACAGCCAGCUGAAAAGGAUCCAUGACAUGCUGAAGAGUCUGUACUCCAAGUCAGAGCCACAGGAGAUAGACUGGAAAGCAGAGAUGUUCUGCGCAGCUAACAACACGGGGGUCUGGGAACGAGGAAAAGUUUGCAAUAUGUCCUCAGGCCAAGUUGCAGAGGUUUUGCGGUGUGACUUUGGUAAUUUGGUGAAGGUCCACGUGAAUAAUCUCAGACCCCUUCGUGCUGAUCUGAUUGGCUCUUUCUUACUGGAAUGUAACCUCAGUGAUAUCAGGCCAGCUGGUGGUCGCUCCACAUGGACAGCCACUGCAUGUGACUUUAUCUCACAGUACUUGACCGGCUCAACCGCUAUAAUGACCAUAAAGGAUCCAGCUGUGAAGCCAUUGCUAAUAUCCCUGUUCUGUCCAAACCGGGCUGGUCAGAACAUCAGUAUUGCAGAUUUUCUUGUCAGUGAAGGUCUUGCACUCAAGGAGAGAAAGGAAGGUUCGACAUCACAGAGUGCUUUGACAGAGGAGUCUGUGCCUAGUGAGGAAAACCCCCAGUCACAGAGAACUGUGACCCCACCGCUGACUCCACCCACACCUGCCCCUCGUCUCAAUCCUGCACCAGAGAAAGUCAAAACACAGGCCUAUCCUCCUCCAGAUCUACCUCCCUGUGGACACACACUUAUGAGCAUCUCAGCCGUCUCUGAACAAGGUGUCAUUUAUGCAAUGACACAUGAAGCAGUGUGUGAAUUUGAUCGCUUGCGGGAACGACUUCAGCAGCACAUUAAAACACUGCCGAGACAGAAGAACUACAACUGGAAGAAUGUUGUAGGUUGUGCUGUUAUGGGAACCGAUAUGUACUGGUAUAGGGGUCAGGUGCAGGAGUUCAUUGGAGGACACGUAAAGGUGCGAUAUGUUGAUCAGGGGCUUGUGGAGAGUAUUCCAGUUUGCCAUGUGUAUCCAGUGGUUCUCUGUGAGGAUGUGCCACAGCUUUGUAUACCUUGUCAGAUACACGGAGUCAUACCGAUUGGAAAGGGGUGGCAGUGGGACGCUGUGGUGUUCAUGAAGGAGUUGCUGCUUGGACGUUCAGUCAGUGUCUACAUUAUGGAACAUCCUGAGGAUCCACGUGGUUGCGUUACCGUAGAGAUAACCCUGGAUGGCAUGGCGCUCGGCAAGAUAAUGGUGCACCACCAGUAUGCCACUUUUGACCCCGACUACAACAGACAAGAGGAGUAUGUGGUUAAGCUUCCUGUCGCUGAUUUGGAUGAUUGGGACAUAAACACAGAGGGCUUGGAAGAGUCCCAGCCUGUUUUAGGGGUCUAUGCAAGAUUUAAACUUCCUGAAGGGAAGAAACAUUUCCCUGCCAAGGUCAAGCACAUCCGCUCCCCGAAUGAGGUGUUCCUCUGUGUGUUAGACAAGACUGAGAACAGACAGAAACAGGAAGAGAGUUUGGAGGAAGCUCUUGAUCGUAUCAAUGAGAAUUUGGAAAAUCUGAGCCGGCUAACAGACUUUCCCAUCGGGUAUCCAUGCCUGGCCGAAUACAGUGAUGGUAAAUAUUACCGUGCAAAGCUGAUGGGCUUUUCUGAAGUCACUCCUGCUGUCCAGCUCCUUGUGAGACAUGUGGAUUUUGGCUCCGAUGACACCGUACCAGUACACAAAUUGCGUCAGCUCCCUGCAUCCCUCCAUCAUUUCCCAUGUGCAGCGGUUUACGUAAAAUUAGCAGGGUUCAAACCUCCAAGAAUUUGUAUGGAGAAGGAGCUGAUCCCUUAUCGACCCGAAUGGAGCAUGAAAGCAAUGCUGGAGAUGGUUGACCUGUUGAACGGCGAGCUGACUGCAGUAGUGGUUGCAACAGAACCACAGUUAACGGUGUUGCUGUACAAGAUGGAUGGGUCACUUGUUCACACACCUCUAGUGGAGAACGGCCUGGCUGAUUAUGAAUAAAAGCAAUAAUCGAUCUUAGUAAGGGCUUGGCAGCGAUUGUUGACAAUCAGGAGUUUUGAUGGAAACAUGCAGGAGUGCAAAACAUUUUAUGUUGGUUUUAUAUUUAAAUACUUGGGUGUUUAUGCUACUUUAUAAAAGUGUGUGCAGUUAUUUUUAUGUUAAAUAUUUAAGUUUUUAAGUACUUUGUUGAAGUUAAACCUGAUUUUGUUAAUGUUUCAAAAAUAUUUCAAAUGGCAAAGUAAAAGCAAACUGUGUUUGUUUAAGGCUGCUUUAAAGUUUUGUGUUCAUGUUAAAUCUCUGUAUGUUGAGCAGCAUUUAAAUAAAACUUUUGAUUCUUUUGAUUUAA